AUGAAUGCGUACGCGCCAGAGGCUCCCCGGAGCCCUUACGGGUACGGCCCUUCCAGGCUGUCGCCUCCGGCCCCGAGCCCCAGCGGCAAGACUCUUGUGGAAGGAUAUCGUAAAGACAUCCUCACUGGUUUUGAGAAGGAGCACCCUCGUUAUAAUCCAAUGAACCCAGAUCGCCCCCAGAGCUCCGUUCUAGUCGACCUCAAAGACCCGAUCCAAGUACAUCUCCUCACCGAGACGGCCCUCUCCGACAGCAAGAAAUUCGAGAUCCUGUCGCAGGAGGAGGUGGACGACCUGAAGAAGCAAUGUCAAUCCCUGACCCAGCGAGUUGAGUCGACGAGACAGAACUUGACCAUCCAAUCGAAAUACCGCGAUGCUGCCAUCUCCAUGGCGAGGCUAUACUCCCCUGGGAAAAUAGAAGGGAGACGGAGGAGCUUGUUGGGCCGGAAUAGUGGUGGCGACCAUGCUCGUGCUAAGGAGGCCGAGGCUGAACGACAGGCGAGCGAGCGGAAAUGUGAAGAACUGGCUGCCGAGCUGUUCAAUCUCGAAAAACGACUGAUGGAACCUCAACGGCGUCUCCUGGAACACACGGCCGGUAUCCUCCAGUUGACGCACAAGGUUUCCAAGAAGAAGGGCCAAACACCACCGAACCAACCUGUGAACGGCAUGCCUGGGAGCCCAGAGAGCCUAUAUACUUAUACCCGAAACAGCAUGGACCAUCCCGCCGACGACAAUUAUUUCAACGACAACUAUGGUUUUGGUCAAAUGGACGAGUUUUCAAGGGGACAACCUCGCCAGAAUGCUAUUGAGAUCCCCCUCAAGUCGCCAAUCAGGGAACAGAACCAGCUCAAGGAAGAGAUGGAGAAGAUGCGAGAUGAGAACACACAAUUAAGGGGCCAAACGGACACUUUGGUCAGAUCGAUAUCUGAUAUGGAGACACGGUUGGAGAACCUCAAUGGUUCAUUGCGGGACGCCAUCGUUCGCUUCAACCCCUCCAAGAACGACGAGUAUCUGGAGCCGCCGUUUGGAGUUCCAGGAAUGGAGCCUGGAGAGAUGCUCAGGAAUCAGAUGGAUUACCUGGAGAUGGGUCUUGUUGCUAUUGAAGCUGAGCAAGACUCGACGGAUGAGCAUGGGAAGGUGGACGAAAAGAUUGAACAACGGAUCGAGGCGUUGAUCAAGCAAGUGCGAGAACUUCUCCUGACGGUGGAUCCCGACUACCCCAUGGCGCCUCGGUCAGCCAAGGGUGAUACCGAUGCGCAGUUCGCCUAUCUCGAGGAUGCCUUGCGAGCUGCCGACUCGGAGCUGGAACGAGCUGUGCGGGCAGCUUCAGCUGUCAUGCCACCUGGUCAGGACAAUGACCAAGUAGAAAGGGUCUUGAUGGGUCUAUGGGAGAUGAUGCAAUCCGGCUUUGCCAAGAUUAAGAAGGAAAAGGAGGAACGGCGGAGAGCUCGCAUGGACAAGGGUUACCAAGACGAAGAGAUUUCCGACGACGAGUUCGAUGUGGAUGAGCCCUUCACCAUUUCUGGCUUCUCGAACCGUGUUCAAUGGCUCUAUUCCCAGGCCACCACGCUCAAGGACCAGAAGUCGGUGCUCAAGCGACAAAUCAAGCAGCAGCGUGAGCUCAACAACAAGUCUGACGCUGAGAAGGACGAGGAGAUCCAGAGGAGACAGGAGGAGCUAGAAGAGACCCAGGUUCUACUCGCCCGCGCCGAGAGAGACGCCAUGACCGCCCAGACGAUGCUCUCUGAGGCACUGGAGGAACUCGAGAACGCUCGCAUGCUUUCCACCAACAAUAUCGGCCGUGGGCCCGAGUCUGAGGAGGACAGCAAGAAGGUUGCAGCUCUUGAGGCUGAUGUAAAGCGGCUCCAGACUGACUUGGCUGGAGCGGCUGGCGCAGCUGGUGCAGCGCACGCUCAGGUUGAAGAGCGCGACGAGAAGAUUGCGGACCUGGAAGCAGAUCUCAAGCGGCUUCAGGCCGAUCUUGCUGGUGCCGCGGCGGCUGCAGGUGCUGCUCAGUCCCAGAUCGAGGACCGUGAAAGCAAGAUUGCUGCGCUUGAAUCUGAACUGGAAUACCUCGAGACCGCCAACGCCCAGAUUGAGGAGCGCAACCAGAAGAUUGCCGCACUCCAGACUGAGACCCAACAACUCAACACUCUGCGAGACGAAGUCGAGGAGCGUAACGCCAAAAUCGCCACUCUGGAAGCAGAGAUCCAGAAGGCUAAUCUCCUCCGAGAUCAGCUUGACGAGCGCAACGCCAAGAUUACUAUCCUGGAAGCCGAACUACAGAAGGCUAGUGAUGCACAGGCUCGACUCGAGGAGCGCAAUGCUAGGGUCGCCCACCUCGAGUCUGAUAUGGAGCUUCUCCAGUCUGACUUGGCUGGAGCCGCUGGAGCCGCCGGAGCUGCCCAGGCCCAGAUUGAGGAACGCAACCAGAAGAUUGCGGCCCUUGAGGCUGAGUUGAAGCAGGUCGAGGCAAACCUCCUUGUUGCCGAGUCUUCGAGCAAAACUACCAGCAACCAGUUGACUAGCGUGGAUUCUGUAAUCGAUGCGCUCAACGCACAGCUCGACGAGACGAACAGGCUGAAGAACAAUGCGGAAGAGUCUGCCCGUUCCUUGAAGCAGCAAGUGAGCACACAGAAAGAGGAUAUUGCAGCGAAGAAGAAGGCGCUCAAGGUCAAGGAGGACGAACUCGAGCUUCUUAACAUGAACCUCGUCGAGAUGAAGACGGAACUCACCAUUGCCCAGGCCGAGCUGGACGGCGCCUACGGAUCACGCGCGGAACGUGCCGCUGACGUUGCCGCCAUCAAGACCAGCGGAGAGGUGAUGAAGCUCCAGAAUCAGCUCACAAGACUCAAGAACGAGCUCACUGGAACCGUGCAGGAGCUAGAGGAAGUGACAAAGGAGACGCUGAGUGCCGAGCGCGAGAAGAUUGUGCUUGAGAACAAGCUUGAAGACGUCCUGUCGACAAAGUCUGGCCUUGAAACUGAGUUGAUGAAGCUGCGUGGGCGACUCGAGUCUGAAAUGGAAAAGGCAAACGAGCAGAUCAGCAAGCUCCAGGAGGAGUUGGAUAGCGAACGUCUGAAGGCGAUACCCCCUACGGGCGGAACUGGCCGAGGAGCGUCUAUGCUGAGCGAGCAGUUCCGAGCCACGAUGAGGGAAGAGAGGAAGAAGUUCCAGGAGAACAUGAAGGAGGAGCGUGCGAGAUACCGCCAGCUUGAAGAAGAGCUCGCAAAGCUAAAGCGUACCCCGGGGUCUGACAAGAACUCACUGAGCCCACCAUGAGUACAUGGUCAACCAGAGAAGCUCAGUCCCUGAGGACGCCGUCGAGCCAGGCGAUGGCCCUCAUUGUACAACACUGUCUUGUCUUGUGUGCGCCAUGGAUGUCGUGAUCGUUAUGGGCCAUCGUCGGCCCCAUUUCUGUCGUUCUGUUUCUUGUAACAUUAUCCUCAACGGAUGAGGAGUCGGAUUUGUUGUCUUGGAGAUAUGGCGUGGCUGGGAGUAAAUGCUGAAGCUCGAUGGGGGAGGUUUACAUACAUACAGAUUAUACUGGGAGUUAUUAUAUGGGGGAUGAAUCAAUGACCAAAAAAACCUGGGCGGGAAGUAGUCGAUACGAGCUUCCUCUAGGAUGAUGGGAGAAGGAGGUUUGGUGUUUUUUUUUUUUUUUUAUUCGGGUCUGAGCUGGAGAUAGUCAACAGCCCAAGAGAUAGAUGACGAACCAUGGAUGCAUUUAAGUUGUC